AUGUCGGGCAUGCAGCUCUUGGAGUUGAAUGACGUUCGCGUCUUCAACUUGACAGCUGGUAAAGCUCUGCCGUCUUGGCUGAGCGAAAAGAAACGCCGACAGCUUUUGAAGCGUGAUGUUGACCUGCAGCGUCGCAUCGAACUCAUUCAAGACUUUGAAAUGCCCACUGCGGCCGAUUGCAUUCGAGUCUCGCCCGAUGGCGAGUAUAUCAUGGCCGCGGGUACCUACAAGCCUCGCAUUCGCUGCUACGACCUCGAUCAGAUGUCCCUCAAGUUUGAGCGCCACCUCAAUUGCGAAGUGGUGGAUAUGGCCUACCUCUCCGACAAUUACAGCAAGCAAGUCUUUCUCAUGGCUGAUCGCUACGUUGAAGUUCAUGCCUCCUACGGCUACCAUCACCGAACGCGUACGCCCAAGAAUGGCCGCAGUAUCGCAUAUAAUCACGAAACAUGUGAUCUUUAUGUUGGAGCCACUGGGCCCGAAAUCUAUCGCAUCAACUUGGAGCAAGGACGCUUCCUCAAGUCUUGGACCACACAAGCGCCUGCCGUCAACAAGGUGCUGAUCAACGACUACUAUGGCAUGCUGGCCGCUGGAACCACCUUGGGCAUGGUGGAGUGCUUUGACCCUCGGGCUCGUGAGCGCAUUGGUGUGCUUGAUGUCACACGCGGUCUCUCCGCCCGUGCCCAGCGCCAGCUCAAGGGUCAAAUUCCGGCCAUCUCGACCAUGACUUUUAUGCAAGACAAUCUGACCCUCGGCGUGGGCACUACGGGCGGCCAAGUCUUGUUGUAUGACAUUCGUGCCGCAGAGCCGGUUCUGACCAAGGAUCACAGCUACGGCCUUCCUAUCAAGCGAAUUGUGCACCACGCCGCUUCCGAUUCGGUGCUGGCCGCAGAUCAGAAGGUGAUCAAGAUCUGGAAGCGUGAGUCUGGUGAGGCCAUUACUGCCAUUGAGGCCGAUGCUGAUAUCAAUGACAUGGACAUGUAUCCUGAUUCGGGCAUGUUUUUUGUCGGAGGUGAGCAGUCCAAGAUGAUGAUUUAUUUUGUCCCCUCUCUGGGCCCUGCGCCCAAGUGGUGUCACUACCUGGACUCCAUCACGGAGGAGCUGGACGACGGCGCGCAGCCAGCUGUGUACGAUGAUUACAAGUUUGUCACGCGUGAAGAGCUUGACGCUCUUGGUCUGAGCAGCUUGGUGGGCACUGCCUUGCUCAAAGCACAUAUGCACGGCUACUUUAUCGAUGUGCGCCUUUACAACGAGGCCAAGGAUGCCAGCAACCCCUUUGCCUACGAAGAAUAUCGUCAACGCCUUAUUCGCAAGAAGCUUGAAGAGGGUACUGAGUCUCGACUUCAAUUGGCCAAGUAUCGCAAGGAAUUGCCAAAGAUCAACAGGGCGUUGGCUAAGCGUCUGGUUGAGUUUAACGAGAACCAAGGUCAGGAGUCAUCGGGCUGGUCACACCGCUUGUACAGUCCGCACUCUCAUUGCAUUGUGUCGGGUGCGAAACCUCACGUGGCUCUCAAUCUGCUUUUCUCCUCGGUCGGGCACAGCCGAAAACACUGCAGCAGCUGCAGAUGA